AGCUGUGAGGGAAGAGUAAAGUACUGGGAAAAAAAACCCCAAACUAAACUGUGAGGUUAGAGUAAACCCAUCUCUUAUGGUUUGUUGACUGCAAGAAUAGUUAAUUGAAGGUUGAUAGGAAGCAAAAUCUCCCUGCAUGGACACAUCAUCCAUCCGAUUUUGACUGGGCAGUUGUGAGGAAAGGAGGGGACUUAAUUCAUCAGUCUUCCCUUUUUUAUCUUUUCAUGCAGGUAACUCUCCAUUAGGCAUCAAGAUCACUGAAAUACCAGUUGCAGAAGCAGACAUGAAAAGAGCUAUAUCAAGCUCCCAAGGUGACAUACUGGCUUGAAGAUUUGUACAGCUUUGCUGUUCCAUGUGAAGGCAGUGAUUAGUUGAAGCUUCUCAUAGGGGAAGUCCUGUCUCAUUUGUAGGCACCUUGGCAAAGAGGAUAAACAGAUUGUAAUCCGUUUUGGUUUGAAUAUUAAAAAAGAAUCUGAAGACUUGAGUAAAUCCAGUAAUUUAAAAGCUUUCAUAAUGAUUUACAUGAGCAGCUGUUAAACUCACUAUUAGUAACAAAUUAUUUGGAAUGUCUUAAAGUUAAAUGUAAAUUAAUUCAGGUAUCAGCUGAGAUUCAUAACAGUUGCUAUAUUUGAGCCUAUAAACUCUCAUAAAAUUGAGCCCCAAUCAGUGCUGGAUUUCACAAAAAUAGAGCUUUUCACCCUAAGAUAAUGAAUCAGGUGAAUUUUAUUGUUUCAGUUCAUGUUUCUAUAGCUGCAAAAGGAAAGAUGAGCAUAUGUCUUAAGGCAAUUAAAUACUACCAUACCCUUGCUGAGCUAAGUCAUGUUUUAUUGAUUACAUAAGUCAAAAGGGAGUAUAUCCUCUUUUAGUCAAUCAUGUAUUCUUCCAGCCAAGCAAGUAGGGGGAGGAGAGCCAUCUGUUUUCUAGAUUUUGAUAUUGACCACCAAUUACAAGUAUGUUAGUUACAAAGGCAAGAAAGAUGAUGUGUUAUGCUUCAGGAGAAUAAAGUGAGGAAGAUAUAUGUUCAUCAUCGAUAAAUUUAGAUGAGGCACUAUAAAAAGGUUCUUAAGCAGCAGUGAGGGGUGAAAUUCUAGAAAAGCCAAGCAAGCACAUGAGAGGGAACAAGGGGACUAUACUAUGAUAUUUUUAGAUGUCAAUUGCUGUAUUUAUUGAUAAGAUUGUACAACAGAACAAACUGUGUCUGAAGCGGGGAAAUGAAGCCUUAAUAUCAUGCUUCAGGGCCUUUUUUGUUUCCAUUAAAGUCACAACCAUCUUUCUUUAUAGGUUGUGAUUUAGCUUUUUGACAUAAUUUUUGAUCUUCCAGUAAAAAAGUGGCUGCACACAGGCAAAUUGUUCAGGUGAUUAGCAAUGUUAUUGUAAUGGAAAUCUUGAAGUGCUUAAUGGGUGGGUCCUGCUUAGCCUUAAACUAUCAGAAAGAUUAGGCAAAUGAGAUUGCAUGCCCAGAUAAGAUGUGUUGUAUCCUGCUUUGCUUUUCCUGUGUGAUAUGGGCUUCCUGUGUGGGAUCAUUUGCAACUUUCAUUUAUUUAUCUAAUUUCCCACUGUUGAAGGAGCCUAAAAUAUUUCUAAGCUGUUGGUUUUCUUCCUUGUCUGCAUGUGAAUUUUUUGGCCAUACUUUUUUUCAUUUUACUACAGUUUGAUUGUUAUGGACUAUAGGAAAAACUUUGUACUGUCACAUGGAAUACACAUUCUGUGAACGUUUCUGAGCAAGUCAUCUAUCACCUGGUUGCCGGGAGUCAAGGUGAAACCGAAUGCGGUCGCCCUGCCAGUGGUCCCUUUCAGUCCUGUGUUCCUAGGCUCAACCUCUUCAAAGGCUGCUGUAAUUAGAUCUUUAGAUGGAAAAGAGAGAAAAGGAGUUGUGAUUCUCAGGGUCACAAGGUCUCUAAGCUGCUGAUCUGUAAUGCUGCUCCAGAUUCAGAUUUUAUAUGCAUAUUCCCCACUCAGCAUGCAACAAGCUGUAAAGUUGAAUCUCCAGAGCUCAGAUAUCCAGCCUACUCUGUGGCUGCCUGCCCUUAAGUUUGUAUCUACCCAGAAGAGAUGAGUAGAAAUACUUGAACUUGCUGACAUGCAACCCAGAAUGUCCACACGGUCAGGGUGAGCAUGCUAACAGCCUAGGUACUGCAGGGAGGCAGUUGGGGGCCAGCUAUCAAACAGUGCCACUAUUCUUUUGCAGUGAUUCUAGUGGUCUAAGCUCCUAGAUCUAUCUAGCCAGAGAAACCAUAACAUUGUGCUGGUACGUAUGAAGUAGCAACUCUGAUCAGGAAGCAGAAAUGGUGGGGAGAGUAGAGGGGGCAGUGCCAAGCAGAGUUAGCCAGAGGCUUCUUGACUCCCUGUUGGAGCCGAGUUGUAUUAGACAUAAAGGCUGUGCCUGACUAGGGGAGUUGGGACUUUUCCUUGGCUGCAGGAGUUAGUGUACCUCCCAACCAAGUCAUCAUUCUAUUUUUGUCUUCCCCCCAAAGCUACUGCCCUGCCCUCCUCCUUAUGGGCACAGGCAGGCAAACAGGCACUGGUACUAUACUCCAGAAUGUGCUGUUGUGGACAACCAAUGACAAAUAGGCUUUUGUGACCACUGGCAUGUAGGGCACUGACUAAUUUUUGGGUGGGGCAAUAGUCCCUUUGUUAGGUUGUCCACUGAGGUUCAGCUUAUGUUCACCUACCUUGACGAGUUAGGUUCAGCGUAUUGUAACAAAAUAGAUGAGACAAUGAUGUCACUUUAUUUCUUAUAUUGUAUUUUCAACAGAAAUGUUCUUAGCAGAUCAGUAACAUACUUGUAUUCAUAAAACAUUUGUAAAAAAAGAAACUCCACUUGUAAAUACUGAUAAGGUUACAUAUUAGGGAUACCUAGAAGGAAGCAGUGAAGUCCCAGAGCUGUCAAGCCAGUCAGACCCUGACUUUUUUCCCUAAGACACCUAGCUCCACUAUCUCAAACAUUUCACCUUGAGUUCUAUAAGGUGAAUGAUUGCUUACAGUGAAACUGCAGGGUUUGAAAGAUUCCUGGAUUUCCAUUUUAUGUACUUACAUCUAGGUAAGACCAUGAGAGACAUUCAAGAUCUAAAUGAAUUCUUUGAGAUAGAAUUGUAUAUGCUUAAAAUAUUAUGCCUAAAAUUUUCUAAGUCUUUCAGUGAAUCUUUUGCUCUGCUACAAUAUCCUGUGUUCUUACUCUGUCUUUUUUUCUAUUUUACAAAUUUCAUUCAUUUAUUCUUUUGUCAUAAGUUAUACUUUCUGAAGCUUUUAGCAUUUUGAUUGCUUUUCAGCAUUUUGGAUUUUUCCUUCUUCUUUAGAGAAGUCCAGCACUUGGGUACAUUAUUAUAGCUGUGGGGUUUAUAAGUGACAAAUAGAAGGCCAUCUUCUGCUAUUAGACUGCCACCUUAGUCCCAGAUACAGCAAUACCUUUGAAUUAACAUAAGAACUGAAUUACCAUCUUUGCAAUAGUUUGAUUUUUACUGCUGAUUACUAAGGUUAUUCACCAUGUUGUACCAAGACAAAAGCUCAAAACUUCUGUUGCCAUUUGUCCAAUUUAAAAUUUUCUUUUUGGAUCACAUCUGUAUGUAUGCUCACUAAUUAGAGAAGUCAGUAUUAUACUUCUCUGAAAGAGAUCAGUGGCAACAUCUCUAGCCCAUGAAGAGCUUGCUACCUCUUCGUGCCAUUUGAAAUAUUUUUUUGCAUUUUUAAGUAUGAAAAACUACUAUCUUGCAAGCCUAAUGAGGCAACUAUCUGCAAGAAGCUGUGUUACAGGAUGAAUUGUUGUAUCGCUGUUUCGGAAAUGCUGUAUGUGUCAUUUAGACCAGUGGCUACUACAAGCAGUAGGGAAUGAGUAUUAUAUUAAUGACCAUAUUUGACAGCCUGUGUCCAUAUUCUGUUUUUCACUGACUUUUCCUUUUUACGCCAACAAUUAUGCUCUCAUCUGGAAAAAUUAGACUAAUACAAUUUUCCAAAAGCUGUUAACAAGGCUUUUAAUAUUAAAAUGGCUAUAUAUCCUAAUGUGCCAUUCUGAAACUAUCUUUGUGUUGGGGUCAUGAAAUGAGGUACAGUGAGGGUGUAUUCUGGAGUUGCAGAGCAUGGAGGGAAGCCUACAUCCUUCAGGAAGCAUAGAGGUUCACUCAGUAUAUGGCACUCUUGUCACUGAAUUUCUAACAGCAUCUUCUGGGGUGAUGUUUGCACUGAAGCUUUCUGAAGUUGGUGGAAGUAUAGUAAACCCUUGUCCAAUUGCAAUUUUGUAAUAUUUGUGUGAUUGUUGCUUCUUGAAGGACCUGACAAAAUGUGGGGACCUGCAUAUUCAUCUGCUUUUUCUAAAUUCAUCAUAUCCAGGAAAUAUAAUAAAAUAAAUUACCUAGUAGAUUCAAUGAAAUAUAUUUUUCCUGUUUGUUCAAGCUCAUCUUUCUUCAAAAAUCCAAUUCUGUUUGUGACUCAAGGUAGCUUAGACCAGUAUUAUUUGAUAGUCAGAAACUAUGGCUAUAGCAACUACAAAACUUGGAUCUUUAUUCUUACAUGGCAUAGCCAAUAUGUUCUUCCAGCUAAACUCUGACAUGUAAAUCUUAAAUAGUUAUUCACAACCAUGAUUAAAAAAAAAACCACCUAAACCAUUAGACUGUGUCAUAGGUUUCCAUGUAUAAAAGCUGUUGUGACUUCCUCAGAACUGUAUAAAGUCCUCUGCAAUCCACAAAUUUCACAAGUUUAUAUGAUGAUUCCCCUACAUCCUUCAAGAUAACUACAUGGCUACAGAAUUUUCAGAGGGAAAAUUAACACUGUUUUUUUGGACUAAGCCAAAGAAUGAACUUUAAACAUCUUUUUCCAGUGAAGAUUUGUUGCAGAGUAAAUGUCCUCUAGAAUCCAUAAUCCAAUUUUUACAAAGUCCCUAGAACAGCAGAACUGUUACCUUUUAAUUCUGGACAUAUGUGUCUUUCAAAAAUAUCUUCUGAAAUUAGCUGUGUUCCUUUGGUUUCACUAUGAUAAGAGAAAUUAACAAAUACCCUUUGUUCCAUUUUAGCUCUGUUACUUUUGUAUUUCACUUGAAUCCAAGUAAAAUACAAGUUUGUAUUAGCAGAUUUAUGUGACAGCAUAAGCAUUUAUACGUGCACCAACAUUCAGCCAGUCUAAGGCAGCUGUAUCAUGUUUUGUUUUUACAAAGACACUGUACCAUACCUGGUAGAUGAACAUUUAGUCAUGUGAGUUGGAUCCUAAACUUCUAAAGCUUUGGCAAAGAUGUUUUGAUGAACUAAAACAAAAGCUCUGCCUCACUGCAGCUCUGCCUUUCCACUAGAUUCCAAUAAUUCAGUCAUGCAUCCUUCUACUUCUUUUUCAUCCCAAACACUCUUUUAAAAAAUAAUUUCCUUUACCAAUUAAAUUAAUUGAACUCUGUUAUAGAUAUGAAUAUUCAUAUAUAAAUACGUAGAUACUGUCUCCCACUUGGUGACCAGAAGUCCAAAGUAUCUUAAAAAGCAAUGUUUCUAACAAAUUAAGAAAGAGAAAAAACUCAAUAUGUUCAUAUCCAUGUGUAGAAAAGAAAUCAAACCCACAAAAACACCUAUUGUUCAAAAUGGAUAAUAUAAUCCAUUAAGUAACAUAGAUCAUUGGAGAAUACAUUACAGGGUCACAUAGUACCCUAUUUUUCAUAGCUAAAUGCAGCCUCCCUGGUAGCAUUUUAAUUUUCAGUCCUACUUAUGCUUUGAAAUCAUCAAGUAAUUGUCACUUUAGCACCCUUCAAUGAUUUCUAAUCAAACAUGGAAAAGAAACCUAAACAGAGAAAACCCCUCUAUUCAGUGCUUAGAUUUGGAUACGAGAGGGGGAGGAAGUUUAUUUUUUUCACUCAUUAACUCAUUGUGAUUUUUUGCAAACUAUUUUAGUUAGAAUGAAUAGAUCUUUCUAUGCUGCAUUUUGGUUUUCCAUAUCAAAUGCCUUGAAUUGUCAUGUUAAUUAGCACAGACAAGUCUGGUUUUUAUUCAGUCCAUCAUUAUUUUCUCAUACAUACCCUUGUUUUAUCCUUACUUUUUUCUAAUUUACAUAAUCACAAGGUUUUGAAUGAAUGCUGCUUAAUAAUAAUUUGUUUUAAUAAAAUUUAUUUUAAGUAGUUAUUAUUACACAUUUAAGAGUUGAAGUGUAUGUACAGAGGAGAUGGUGUUUCGCUGGUAGAUGUUGCUUCUCAUCUGUCGUAUCUCUAGUACUGCUUCUUAUGUCCAUAUAAAGGGUUUUUUUCUUAGUGUCUUCUAAAAUAUGAUUAAAAAUAUCAUUAAUCAAAGGGAUUAAAAACUACUUGAUUAUUUAUUUUAGGGAGACUGACAAGAUUUUUUAAAACUUGUCUUUAUAUUCACUUGUUAAUAACAACUUUCAAUAACUGCAAGAUGGUAGUGCAGUUUUUCAAAGGCUUAAGAUAGAGCUAGCAUUUUCUAUCUGUAUUUGAGACAGAGAAAAGCUUGGUAAUUUCAAAUUCUUUCAAAAUUGUUACAGUACAAUGUUAUUUUUAAAUAGACAGAGGAAAAAUGCAGGAGAAGGCUCAGGACAAGCUGUACUGAUUUCCUGAACCACAGAAAAAUGUAAUGUAAACUUUGCAUUUAGACAGCUGUUCAAAAACCUUAGUUCAAUUCGAUUUCUCCCCAUCAUUGCGAGCUUUCAUAUUUUGCCUGGAAGAAAAGUAAAAUCUCAUAUUUAAAAUGUAAGGCUUGGAUUCUGUUAAGUUUCAUCACCAUUGAUUGUCACACAUCUUUCGACAUCCAUCUUUCUUUUCCUGAUCAAAUCUCUGUAAAAAAUACAUAAGUUGGGGUGAGGAGGACGAUAGCUAUAAUAUGGUGAACUAGCUAGCACUUUUUGAAGUUUAAUGAAUGAUUUUUUUUCGUGUGAGGAUGCUUGGACUUUCUGGGAGCACAUGGAGCACAUACAGUGUCUAAGACAAUGCAUAGUGAACAAACCAGGACGGGCUAUAGUGUAUGAUAUUUAUAAAAAGAGAAUCUCUAAAUAUUUCUGUGCCUCUGAUGGAAAAGUAUGAAAAACUGAUCUGAUUAUAUCUUACAAGGUGUUUCAGUGCAGUUUUCCCAAAGUUGCUAUGUAGAUAAUUCAGUAGGAAUACUUUCAUGUGUACAGAAGGCAGAAAUGUACCUGGGAUUCUGGCACUGCCCUUGUUUUCCAAAAAUAUCAUGGAAAAUCACUAACAUUGAAAAAGUCUAACAGGAGAAUCAGUAACAAACUAAACCAAGCAUCUUGGUUAGGCAUGUGCGUAUAGGUAUUAUGAAAACAUGUUGAGAUUGUUUCCUACUAGUGAAGUAAUGUCUUAUCAAGAAAUCACGUAGGUGUUGUAUAGUGAGUUGCCUUUUUCAGUGUUGUCCUUUUUCCCCUCCACCCUUCUGUUUCAGUUCACGUGACAGGACUUUGUACUCAUUUACUGAUAAUAAGUGCACAGCCAUCUUGUUUGAAAACUAGAAUCAGAAACUGAAACAAUUCCGUGUUGCAAGGAAGAAGAUGGGACCCCUUUUACUUCUAAUAAUUUGUCAGUGUGCCAUAAACAGUGUCAAAACACACAGUGCUUCAAAUCCCAAUAUCAUUUUGCUGAUGGCUGAUGAUCUUGGUAUUGGAGACCUGGGAUGUUAUGGGAACAAAACCUUAAGAACCCCUAAUAUUGACAGGCUAGCAGAGGAAGGAGUGACGCUUACUCAGCAUAUAGCAGCAGCCCCACUUUGCACUCCAAGCAGGGCAGCUUUCCUGACAGGGAGAUAUCCUAUAAGAUCAGGAAUGGCUGCCUUCUCACGAGUUGGUGUCUUCUUAUUUUCUGCCUCUUCCGGGGGACUUCCUUCUGAAGAAAUAACUUUUUCCAAACUCCUGAAACAGAAAGGUUACGCAACUGCUCUAAUAGGAAAGUGGCAUCUUGGGAUGAACUGUGAAAGCAGUAAUGACUUCUGUCACCACCCCCUCAGUCAUGGAUUUGAUUACUUUUAUGGGCUUACUGUGACCAAUUUCCGAGACUGCAAACCUGGCCAAGGCAGCGUAUUUUUAAAAGGGGUUCAGAAAACCCUUAUCAUCCCAAUCCAAAUCGCUGGAAUCACCCUUGUCUCUUUGGCGAUAGCGCGGUACAUUGGCCUCCUCAAUGUACCUUUCCAAGCAUUCUACUACUGCUUGUUAAUAAUCACAAUUUCACUUGUGGUUUUGAUGUUUUUCUUCUAUCAUUUUCGACACUUAAACUGCUUCUUAAUGAGGAAUCAUCAGAUUAUCCAGCAGCCACUGUCCUAUGAGAACCUUACUCAGAGGCUGACAAAGGAAGCCAUGCAGUUUAUUGGAAGGAACACUGAUGCACCAUUUCUUCUUGUCUUGUCUUAUCUUCAUGUCCACACUGCUCUGUAUGCUUCAGAAGAUUUCAGAGGAAAGAGCAAGCAUGGCUUAUAUGGUGAUGCAGUGGAGGAAAUGGACUGGAGUGUAGGACAAGUUCUGGAUGUGCUGGUAAAACAUAAUCUGAGUGACAAAACUCUUGUAUACUUUACAUCUGACCAAGGGGCUCAUGUUGAAGAAAUUUCUAGUGCUGGAGAAGUCCAUGGAGGAUACAAUGGCAUAUAUAAAGGUGGAAAAUCAACAAACUGGGAAGGAGGUAUUCGUGUACCAGGUCUUCUCCAUUGGCCUGGAGUGAUACAGGCUGGUGCCUAUAUUGAUGAGCCAACAAGUAACAUGGAUAUAUUUCCUACCGUAGUCAAACUUGCGGAGGCACAGUUACCCUCUGACAGAAUUAUUGAUGGACAUGAUCUGCUGCCCUUACUUCAAGGAAAAGUUACUCGAUCUAAGCAUGAAUUUCUCUUCCAUUACUGUAAUGCAUAUUUAAAUGCAGUGCGCUGGCAUCCAGGAAACAGUGAAUCUGUCUGGAAAGUCUUCUUCUUCACUCCAAACUUCAGUCCUGAGGACUCCAAUGGUUGCUAUGAUUCUCAUGUUUGCUUUUGCCAUGGAGGAUUCAUUACACAACAUAAUCCCCCACUGCUCUUCGAUCUGUCCAGAGACCCUGAAGAGAAAGUCCCGCUGACUCCAGAAACUGAGAGCCGUUUCUACGAAAUCCUCAGGGUCAUUCACCAAGCAGUAGACAAUCACACCAGAUCCUUGCAGGCUGUUCCUAACCAGCUGUCAUGGGACAACCUUCUCUGGAAGCCAUGGCUCCAGCUCUGCUGCUCAUCUCUCUUUCAGUCUUGCUAUUGUGACUAUGACUCAGGAGAGAGUCCACUGGAAGUGCAUUCAGGAUAAACAAGCUGCAAUUCUCUGUCAGAAACUGGAACAGAAGAAUGUGGGUAUCUGACUUGAACCAGCGUGGCACUAGCCUUCCAGAGGUUUUGUUGUAUUAGAUGAGGACCUGUCUUCAAAGACACAUUGCAGUAGAAGAAAAUUUCAGUCAAUAAAAUGUGCCAAGAAAGGGAGGAUGAGACACUGCUUUUCUGCCUUUAUCAUACAGCAUGAAAAACAUGUUGCCAUCCUCAUCUACAAAUGAGUAGACUGUAGGCAUUUUCUAUGUGAGAUAAUUUUCUAGACCUUCAACUUCAGCUUCUUUCUUACACAGCAAAGAAUUUAGCUGUGGUUUCUGUCAAUCACAACUACUAAAUGCACACUUUCCUGUCCUUUUUGCUAAGUGUUAUCCACCAUUAGUAGGACAUAGCACUGAGUAAUUAAAAAGAGAGAGAUAGUAGUGGAGAGGUCCACCUGUGACUGUCAUGUGGUAACUGAUAGGUAGGUUAAUAGCAGAUUUGCAACAUCAUCUCUAUCAACAAGCAUCACGGAUAUGAAAAUUAACAGACUGCCAACAGUCCAACUUUGUAUGUGCCAUAAAAAUGUACAGAGCUAUGUAGUGGAAGUCGUUGUAUCCAUAUUAAAAUGAUGCUCCCCAGCAUCCCUACUGUCCUAUUGCAUGUCAGCAACCUUUGUUUAUCAGUUGUGCACUUGAGUGUGUACCAUAAGUCACCAUAUAUAUAUAUAUAUGUGCAAGCCAAAUUAAUAACCCCACAAAUCCUUCAGUCUCUGAUACAGGCACACCUUUAUGGUCGUAGCCCAAUUGAUAAAAUAAAAGGUUUGGUCCAUACUCGAUAUUUGAGUUCCAAAUACACGAUCCUACAAAUAUAUCUUUCACUAUCUGUUUACCAUACCUAUUCUUCCAUUGAUGAAUGUAAUCACAAAUAAAUAAAAUUUGGUCUUCCUUUAAA